AUGAAUGCUGAGAAUCCACCACUGCACGACUUCGAGCAUAUGCUCAGCACGAUGAACUUGUCGACGGCAUCGGCUGAUGAGCUGGAACUUGCUUGCAUGAUGAGCAUCACUGUGGAGACCUGCUUCGCGUACUCCCACUGUUGCGACCGGCUCGAUGAUUUGCUCCAUUUGCCCUCCGGCGACGGCAACAAGACAGACUUCAAUUCUAUCUGCAGUGGAGUUGGCUUUUGGCGGCCGUCCAUUUGCGAGGCCGUUCAUCCACCUCCGCACGGACACGACGAUCACGACGACAAAGAAGACGGGAGAGACGAGGACAUGUGCAACCACACUGGCAUGGAGGCUUGCAACACCAGCAUCCAGAUGCUGAGCCAGCUGGUCAUGAACAGCACAGGGAACGGAACCCACAAUAUGAGCGCGGAUGACGCAGCGAGGGUUUGCGCAAUGGCCAGUGGAGUUGAGAUGUGUAUCCACAACAUGAGCUGCUGCAGAGACGCGGAAUAUUACCUGCCAAAAUCGCUGAUUGACAUGGAUGUUGAGCACGCUUGCCACCUUGGUGGCAUGAAUGCCACGCACUACUGCUCGAAGGGUGACGACGAUCACUCACACUCGCACUGCAACAGACCCGCCUUCGACAUGUGCGGAGCCGCGGUGGACGAGCUCACAGACCUCGUCAACCGAAGUCGGUUGAUUACACACUUACACAAGCCGAACACCACCAACCACACCAACGGGACGGAGCAUCACAUGCACAACAUGACGGGACCAAUGAUGAAUAUGACCGUCCUGCACAACAUGUCCAUCGACGAGUUGGGCGAGAUAUGCUUGAUGGGCAUCGGCAUCGAGUCAUGCCUCCUGAACACUACGUGCUGCGAAGACGCGGCGACAAUUCUUCCAGCCUCGUUGAUGGGCGUGGAUUUGUGGGUUGUCUGUGAGCAUGCGGGCUACAGAUAUGCCCCCAUUUGCCGACGUGGCGAGGAGGAUCACAUGCACUGCGACCACAGGGCUUUGGAUGCUUGCCGCGAAGUUGGGCACAAGAUGGAAGAAGAACUGCAUUUCUUGGAAUCUGAUCCUGACCGUGUCUGUCGUUUGGGCAACGAGUUCACUGAUUGUAUCCGAGGCGCAGGAUGCUGCGAAGACCAGGAUUUCGAGCACAUCGUUCCAGAGGAUGUGAUGACCCAGCUGUUGCCCACCUGCGUGGCGAGAGGAUAUGUCUAUGUUUGCGACGACCGUCCGCCACACGAGGGUGAAUGUGACAAGAUGGCGAAGUUCCAUUGCGAUAUGGAGCGCCUGAACAUGACUAUGACCAUGGGCCUCAUCUCCGAGGAUGGAUCUAUCUCGCCCGACUUUCUGCAAAAGUCAUGCGAGGUUUCACAGAUGACGUCGAUGUGCUAUGAAAGGGCCCACUGCUGCGGAGAGCGCGACAUGGAGGAUCUUGGAUCGAUGAGCUCUCUGUGCGAAGCUAUGGGGAUGCACUUCUCCUGCAUGAAGGACGACGGCGGCCACCAUGGGCAGUGUGCUAUCACGGACGCCCUGGCUUGCAGCUUGCAGCUACCUCCUGAUGGCAGCAGCGCGAGCGUUCCUCCGAGCGUUAUGACAGAAGAGAUGUGUCAGGCCGUCACCGAGUACUACUCUUGCCUGGAGCGGACUCAGUGCUGCGAGCAGUUUGGCGUGCCUCCUACGGAAGCUGGAGAGAUGGAGGACGCCGUGAAAGUAUGUGAGAAUUUCGGCUUCCGCGUGCCACACUGCGUGCAGGUGAGCCACUGCCCUUGCGAGUCGGGCAAGCUGGGUAACAAGAUCUGUGACUGGGAGUGCAACACUCCGAUGUGUGGUUACGACAACGGCGACUGCACAAGCACAGGCCCUGGUGGCGAUGGAGACAGACCCGAGGAUUUUAUUUCGAUCUAUUGCGGGGAUGCCUGCAGGGUGGAAACAUGGCCCAUGAUGACUUCUUGUAUGCCAUUCCUCCAUGAUUGUGCGCAUUAUGCGAAAACGUUCGGGGCUUUCGCCUUCACCACGGAGAUGAACGGGCCCCACUGUGCCUCAGGCGAAAUGCAAUGCAGCAUCUACACGGACGAUGUUGUCAUCUUCAAUGCCAGCAUUGGUGAGUGCGGACGGUUUGCUCUUGCGAACAAGAGCUGCACCCAGUACACGGAGCAAGGUACGUUCUACAUCAAGUACAGCCUGCUGCCCAUGAUCUUGCCAGCGAUUGCCGGCAACCUGGAGGAGUUGGGAGAGGAGGAGCGCGCUUUCUGGGGAAGCUGGUCACGUGUGUACUCGGAGCUGGCAAAUCCCCUGGCCAUCGCCGCUUCUACAUCAUGCUUCUGCGAUGCCUGCCCUGGGGAUGCUGCCGCCACCUUCCGCUAUUUGUUGUCUCCUGGGGUGAACAUGCUGGUUGUUGGGUACGACUCGAGCUCGACAGAAGCUAGAAGAAGAGCGUCGGCAAUCCAUUCCAUGGAAGUUACGAGCACGGCUUGCCUGGCAUCUGAAGCUUUGGGUUGCUUGGACCAGAACCGCGACAUUUGCGGACCCUUUGGGGAGAAGCUUGCGGGCCAGGUUGGGCCAGAUGGUUCCGUAGACGUGACUUCGCCCUUUGCAUCUUUGAUUGCUGUGGGUCUGGAGACGACAUCUGGCGGAAUGUGCGAAGCUAUUGAGUUUUCGGACGAGGGCCCACCUCGCAUAAAUUGCGGCGAUUUCCAGCCGUGCCACGACUGGCUGCCAUACUGUCCGGCUGAGGAAUUCGAUGGCACUGUAUCUUGCGCAGGCGAGUGCGGGCCCGAUGAGGUGCUGUGCUUCAGCCUUGACGGGGAUGCCUUUGGCAAUGGGAUGAUGGGAAGCUUUUCGCGGUCCUGCUACAGCAGGGAGCACGGCUGCCCCCAGGACAGUGGCACGGACGACCACGGGCAGUGCAACGAGGAGAAAGCGGAUGCCUGCGUCCCUUCGGAACUGGAAAACCUCAGCCCGGAUGUGGGAGCGGACUUUUGGACAGAGGAUCUUUGCAGGAAGGCCGCAGGUCUGUUGGAGUGCUUCAAGCACGAGCACUGCUGCCACCGCAUACAAGGCUUUGAAGUUGCCCUCGAGCUGUGCAAGAUGCUCGUGCCCGAUAUCGAGAAUCCUUGCGAGAAGGUGUGCGAUUGCGAGCAGAACAUGAUUGGCAAUUCCAUCUGCGAUGACCACUGUAACACGGAAGCGUGCGGAUGGGACGGCGGUGAUUGUGAAGGCGAGCCCGUUUUCUGCGAGGAGCGGUAUUGCUACGAGAACUUCUACACUUCCACAGGCGAGCUUGACGAAGAGCGCACUUGGAAUGCUCAGCCCACCUGCAGCACGGACGCAGAAGGAUGUCCCUGCAGCUCGGACUGGGAGGUGGAGUGCGAAAGUUUCGGAAUCAAGUUCUGCGAGCGCAGAGACCAUGGCUGCGUUGAGGAAGCCGCCUGCGACGAGGACGAGCACACAUGCAAGGAUCAGUUUUCGAGCUGGUGCAUGCCAAAGUCUGCCGGAGAGUGUCCCGUGAUCUGCAACAGCACCGAAGUCUACUGCUUCCGGUGGCAGUACACAGAGGACGGAGAGCGGGACUACUCGCAGGAACACGAGCAGUUCUGCGCCCCGCAGAGCAGCGGUUGCCCGUGCGACCCGUUGCAUGAGCGGAAGUGCCACGACCCUGAAUUUGGAAACAGCUGGUGCCAGCCAGUUGAUGAGAACUGCCCGCUGUUCUGCCUGGACAACGAGCAGGACUGCUACCAGGUCCAGUACGGAUCUGACGGCUACCCAAACUUCGAGCUGCCCUUCAACCAGUCCUGCCAGCCAGCAGACCAGCCCUGCCCAUGUGAUCCAACCUACGAGGAGCUCUGCCAGGACCUUGUGGGAAGCUGGUGCCAGAGCAAGGUGUACGGAAGCUGCCCUGUGCAUUGUACGGAAGAUGAGAUUACCUGCUGGGUGACACCCUACGAUGACGCAGGCAUGCUGGACUACGAUGGGCAAUGGACGGAGGUCUGCGCCGACCGGACGGACGGUUGCCCCUGCAACACACGCUGGGAGCGAUCGUGCACUUUCGAAGGGGACAAGUUCUGCAUCCCCGUGUCUGAGCAAUGUCCUCUGGACUGUGGAGACUUGGGCAUCUGCUACCACUACGACUCCUACGGCUCGGUCCGCAACAAGAGCUGCGCCACGCCGUCGGGCUGCAACUGCGAGACUGACGAGCUUAGAUGCCUGAACACGGAGACGAACCUCUACGAGUGUGAGCCGAGCGAGUGGUAUGCAGACGGGCAGUGUCCGUUGCGCUGCACGGCCGAUGAGAUCUACUGUGGCAUUGAUGCUUUCGAUGCGAACGGCGCCUGGCAGUGGGCAAGCGGCAGCGAGUAUUGCUACGAGGGCGAAGAUUGUCCGGUCGUCUGCGAUAAUGCAACAGCGCAGAGGUGCCAAGACGGUGAAGACAGCUUUCAUUGCGCUCCCAAGACUGAAUCGUGCCCGGUUUACUGCACUGACGAGCAGAAGUACUGCUGGGUUGUAAACUUCGACGGCAAUGGAGGAAUGACCGGCUUCGUGGAGCAAUGUGCACCCAAGUCAGAGCCGUGCCCUUGCGGAGUCGGUGCGACGCAGUGCACAGACCCCUACGAAGCCGACUACGAGCCAUACUGUGAAGCCGCGUCGAUCGGGUGUCCCGUCUACUGCCACCCAAUCCGAGAGAAGAUGUGCUAUCCGUUUUCCUACACUCCAGAAGGCCAACCUGAUUGGAAUGCACCGGUUGUGGAGAGCUGUGCAAAUGUGUCAAAGUCGUGCCCCUGCGGCGCAAAUGCUCAGAUGUGCAGAUGGGUGGAUGAAUUCGGGCAGCAGGAGGAGUUCUGCGAGCCGAACACGGUUACGUGCCCUGUGACCUGUGCGUCAGAUGAGAAGAAGUGCUUCAUCUUGGACUACGACAAGCGCGGCAAUCCACUGGAAGUUCGGGAAGUCUGCGAGAAGCGAGCCAACCCCUGUCUGUGCGGUACGAACUCCCAGCGAUGCUACGACCCCUUUGCAGACGAUCACUAUUGCUACCCACUUUGGGACAGCGAGACGAACAGUGCCAUGCGCUGCCCUGUCUUCUGCACAGCGGACCAAGACAUAUGCUUCAUUGACAGCUUUACCGCCAAUGGCGACUGGGCCAGUGUGGAGAAACAUUGUGUUGCACGCGGAGCGUACUGUGACUGCUCCAAGGGUCAGAAUGCGUUCUCCUGCAACCACACAGAAGCUGGGGUGACAUUCACCGAGUGCCUCCCCAUCAAUGGUGGCUACUGCCCUCCUACCUGA